GCACGGUGACGUCACCUGAACGUCACGCAGGAGGCGGAACUAGCCUGUUCUGCUGUCACUUUUGCUGCAGUCGCGAAGACAUUCUGACGACGAAUGGUUGUCUAUUUUUAUAUAUAUAUCAUAAGCGGAUUUCCUGUUGUUUGCCGAAACAGAGCAUAUUCUGACCCUCUGCGCCCAUUUCAAGAUCCUGAAAAGAUGAGGGCAUACAAAAAGAUGAGGAAAACUGGAUCCUGAAAAGAGGGAGAGACCAAGUCACAUGGAACUCUGGAACAGUUCAAGCAUAAGGUCUGUGUGUUCAGGCCUUCAGCCAUUGACCACUCUUCCAAUACAAGCAUGACGGAGGAAAGAGAGCGCACUGGGCGGACCCAGAGGCCAUGGUCAGUCUACCGGGCGAACACGUUCCAAUUGUCCAGUGAGAUGAUUGGCUUGGCCCUAGCAGGAAACAAUCAAGACCCUGAUGAACCUGUGCUUGAAUUCAGCAUUGCCUGCACAGAACUCCUAAAUUGUAGUUUGGAUCGGAAGCCCAACAGUUUUGUAGCAGUGAGCUGCACAACGCCACCACAAGCCUUCUGGACCAAACAUGCUCAGACAGAAGUCAUAGAGGGUACCAGCAACCCCAUCUUCCUCAGCAGUAUCGCCUUCUUCCAGAAUUCCAACAUCAGCCAUCAGACACAGAUUAAAUUGGCUGUCUACGACGUGAAGGACCGCUCACAGGGCACGAUGUACAUGUUGGGCUCAACACUUUUCCCUGUGAAGGAGCUGUUGCAGGACAAACACCACAGAUUAGAGAUGGAACUCAGGUCAGCAGAGAACAAGCGAGUGGGCAACAUCUGUAUUUCUGCUUGGCAGAUGGAGGAGAAAGCAGAUCAGAGACUUUUGGUCAGCCGCCUUCCAGACACGAUGAAUGGAAGGACGGUGCUGUCUGUUGACGAGAGCCUAACAGAGGCGAUGGGAUUACGAAUUAAGUAUGCCUCACUGUGCAGAGACACCCUCCUGCGUGCAGUAUUUGGCGGCACAAUGUCCAGAAUGUACCGCUUCCCAACAACUGAUGCCAACCACCUACGAGUGCUAGAGCAAAUGGCAGAGAGCAUCCUGUCCCUGAACAUCCCCAGACAGUUGGUCAAAUUAUUGCUGGAGGAGGACGCAGCCCGGGUUGGCGAGCUGGAGGAGCUGGGAGAGUUGUCGCCUUGCUGGGAGCAUCUACGGCGACAGAUCGUCUCACACUACCAAGCAGUCAUAGUUUCAUACCAGGAAACACUGUCUAACCUCAGUCACUACAGAGGUCCGUCAUUCAAAGCCAGCAGCCUGAAGGCCGACAAGAAGCUGGAAUUCUUGCCAACCAACUUGCACAUUCAGAGGAUGAGGGUGCAGGAUAAUUUGGGCUUUGAGCACACGUAUGACAUAGUCACUGUUGGAGCGCCGGCUGCACACUGCCAGGGGUUUAAAAGUGGUGGCCUGAGGAAACUUACUCAGAAGUUUGACGAGGCAAAGAAACACAGCGCCGUCUCCAGUUCGCAGUCUAUCGUCUUCAUUCCUCAGGAUGUGGUUCGUGCAAAAGAGAUCAUCGCCCACAUCAACACCCUAAAGACGCAGGUCAACUAUUAUACCGAGAGGCUCUCUAGAGCGGCGAAGGACCGGUCUGCUAGCGGACUGGAAAGGACACUUGCCACGCUUGCUGAUAAGACCCGACAGCUGGUUACAGUAUGCGACUGCAAGUUGCUUGCUUCGGCCAUACAGGCCCUGAACGCAGCACGGCCCGAGUACAUCGCCUCAAAAUCGUCUCCUUCUGCUGAUUCAGAUCAAGUAGUCCUCCGCAAUGACCAGGACACCUUACUUGCCAAGUGGAGCGGGAACAGCAGUCGAUCAUCCCUGCAUGUAGACUGGCACGAGGAAGAGUGGGAGAAAGUCUGGCUGAAUGUGGACAAGUCUCUGGAAUGCAUCAUCCAGCGUGUGGACAAACUGCUUCAGAAAGAAAGGAAGCCAGACAGUGCCAUUCAAGACAGAAUCAAUGCGGACCUGCAGAGUGCUUGCAUUAAGAAAGGUGAUAGAAAACGACAAGCUUUCUGGAUCAACCCAGAAAAUUCAUCGAAAGAGUUUCCAUCUUUGUCAUCCUCAUCAUCACCAUUGCCUCCUCCAUCAUCAUCAUCGGCCUCCUCUUUGUCUACCUUCUCAUCUGUAUGCCCUCCAAGUCCUGAACAAGACAGCUCAGUCGCUAAUCACGCCUGUUGCACCUCAUCCAAUCAUCUAGAUGGAAGCCCCACUCUUGCGGAGGCAUACCCAGGAGAAUGGAGUGAGGCUCUGUACCCUCUCCUCACCACGCUGACUGACUGUGUUGCCAUGAUGAGUGACAAGGCCAAAAAGUCCAUGGUUUUUCUACUGAUGCAGGACAUUGCCCCAACCAUCGCCAUGGACGUGUCCCUCCAGUACCGCCGUGACAUCGUAUUUUGCCAGACGCUCACUGCUCUAGUCUGCGGCUUCAUUAUAAAACUGAGGAAUGGACUACGUGAUAAUGGAUUUCUCCGGCAGCUGUCCACCAUUGGCUUGCUGGCUCACUUUGAGUCCUUACUCAGCACCUACGGUGAGGAGCUGGCCAUGUUGGAGGACAUGAGCGUCGGCAUCAUGGAUCUACGAAAUGUUACCUUUAAGGUCACACAGGCAACAGGCAGCGCUCCCCUCGAUAUGCUGCCAGUCAUCACGGGCAACCGCGACGGUUUCAAUGUCCGCAUCCCUUUGCCGGGAACCAUGUUUGAUGCAUUGCCGCGAGAGAUCCAGAGCGGCAUGCUGCUGAGGGUCCAGCCGGUGCACUUCAACGUCGGCAUCAACGAGCAGCAGACGCUGGCGGAAAAGUUUGGAGACACGUCCCUUCAAGAGCUCAUCAACAUGGAGAGUUUAACAAGGCUCAAUUCUUACUAUGAACAGUUUAAAGAAGUCUUGCCUGAGGACUGCCUCCCGACGUCUCGUUCUCAGACCUGUCUUCCAGAGGUGCUCAGGUUUUUGGGAAAGAACGUAGAGGCGAGGAAAAACAAGAACGUGGAUAUCCUGUGGCAAGCUGCCGAGAUCUGUCGCCGGCUUAAUGGGGUUCGUUUCACCAGCUGCAAAAGCGCCAAAGACCGGACAGCUAUGUCGGUCACCUUGGAGCAAUGCCUGAUCCUGCAGCAUGAGCAUGGCAUGGCGCCACAAGUCUUCACUCAGGCGCUCGACUGUAUGCGCAGCGAGGGUUGUAGACGUGAGAACACUGUGAAGAACGUGGGCUCUCGGAAGUACGCCUUCAACUGCCUGCAACUCAAAGCUUUCCCGAGGCACUACCGGCCACCCGACGGCACGUAUGGCAAGGUGGAAACCUGAUGGGAAUCCACGCCCUUAUGGGUAAAACUCAUCAGAACCUCACACUGUUCACCAUUCUACAGCCGUGACGUUCCCAGCAACUUCUGCCUUCGUCCCGGACUACAUAGUAUUCUACUGUCCUGUAGUUGUAUUUCCUAAUAUACUCGUAUGUAAGUGCACAACUUACUGCCUAUGAUUACAGACGUGUAUAAGACUCCUAGUCAGAUACAAAAACUGCAUCAUCUUAAAAAUUGGUGGAAUAUGGUUGCAAUCGGGAAGCCGAAAGACCUGUGUUUAACAUUUAGACUCAAAAAUGUAUAAUUUGUCAAACGUGUCUAUUUACAUCUCACUUAUGUCAAGAUCGUUGAACUGUGGUGAAAUUGUAUUGUUUUCCUUGCUCAUCAUGAUCUUAGGCUUAUGUGCUUAGAUCCCUUGGAAAAAAAAGUCACAUUCAACCAUUUUACUGUGCAGUAUGUUUUUCUUGUAAUUUGUUUUUAAACAAGACAUGCAUUUUUCUUUUCAUAAUUUAAAACAGUUCCCAAGUUGUAAAUAAAAGAACUCUGACAUUCUUCAGUCAAAA